GCAUUCACUCGUUUGAACACCGAAGGAAGAGCAUCCACGCCGGUCUACAUCAGCCUGGUCCGAUUCACAAAAUACCUGCCAAAACAGUCACAAAAAAGUGCACAUUAGUUGAGUUUUUCGUAACUUUAGCGUGACAAAACACAACUAUUACGCACCGGGGACGCACGGCAGCUCGGUGAGAACCAUGCUGCUUUUAGACGAGACAGAGACGUUUGCAGACCAGUCCCACCACAGUGCCCCCUUCAGCUCAAAGAAUGAGGCACAGGAAGGAGACCCGGGGGGGUGGCAGUGCACUCCUCCGCAGUCGUCCUCUCCAUCUCAGCCACUCCCCUCCAGAGACCACACCCACAGCCCCAGAGAUCCCACCCACAGCCAGAGCCCUUCCCCUACGCGCGGCAUCACAAAGAAGAGGAGCUCCAAACCUCAACACAUGAGACGCAAUAUCAGAAAAUUGCUUCGUGAACACCAGCUGGAGGUGACGACCAAAGCAGCCCAGCAGGAGGAGCUAGAUAGACGGAGGCGACUUGAGCAGCAAAGAAAACAGGACUAUCCCCUACCACUGCUACCUGGGUAUACUACAGCUGAUGUAACAAACCACGUGAAGCCAUCCUCCCUAUCCACAACAGCAGCUUCUCAACAGGAAGUCCAGGUCUGUAGACAGGAAGUGGCAUGCCUGGACUCGACCAGCACAGGGAUCAGAGAGGAGGACUGCAAACCUGAAGGACUUGGCUCAACAGAAAUCCCACACAAAAUUGUGCUAGAUGAAGACUCUGCAGUUCCCAGCUCCAUAGAGAGCUCCACAGAGGAGGGAGACUCGGAGCCCAGCGGUGCCCACGUGAACGACACUCUGAACAGGCCCGAUGCUCAGGGAAGAGUCCUGGUCAACACCAACCACCCAGAGACUGACCCAGACAUUUACCUUUCACCACAACUCGCAAGAGCAGUCAAACCACACCAGAUUGGAGGUAUUCGCUUCCUGUAUGAUAAUCUAGUGGAGUCCCUGGAUCGUUUCAGCAGUGGUCCUGGUUUUGGCUGUAUCUUGGCUCACAGUAUGGGAUUGGGCAAGACACUGCAGGUCAUCUCAUUCAUUGAUGUACUGUUCAGACACACCAAAGCCCACACCGUGCUCGCCAUCGUACCGGUGAACACUCUACAGAACUGGCUGCAUGAGUUCAACACGUGGGUCCCAGCGGCUGAAUGUCUGCCCCCUGAGGUGGACCACAAACACAUCACUCCACGGGCUUUCAGAGUCCAUAUACUCAACGACGAACACAAGAACACCACGAGCCGGGCAAAGGUGGUGGAGGACUGGUACAGAGACGGAGGAGUGUUAUUGAUGGGCUAUGAGAUGUACCGCCUGCUCUCCCUCAAGAAGAGCUUCGUGGCCGGACGCAAGAAGAAGAACAAGAAAAGCCCAGGGUCAUCGGGGUCUGCUGUCGACGUGGACGAGGAGGACAAACAACAAGACCUGCUCAAAGGUAUAGAGAGGGCUUUAGCUCGCCCUGGUCCCGAUGUGGUGAUCUGUGACGAGGGCCACCGCAUCAAGAACUGCCAUGCCAGCACCUCCCAGGCCCUGAAGAGCAUCCGCACCCGCAGGAGGGUGGUCCUCACCGGGUACCCUCUGCAGAACAAUCUCAUCGAGUACUGGUGCAUGGUAGACUUCGUACGCCCCGACUUCCUAGGUACGCGUCAGGAGUUCAGUAACAUGUUCGAGAGGCCCAUUCUGAACGGGCAGUGUGUGGACAGCACUCCUCAGGACCUGCAGCUCAUGAGGUACAGGAGCCACGUGCUGCACAGUCUGCUAGAGGGAUUCGUUCAAAGACGGGGUCAUGACGUCCUGAAAGAGCAACUCCCAUCAAAAGAGGAGCACGUGAUCCUGGUGCGCCUGUCUCCCCUGCAGAGGGCGCUCUACACCGAGUUCAUGAACCGAUUCCGAGAGGCAGGGAACACAGGCUGGCUCAGUCUGAACCCUCUCAAAGCCUUCUGUGUCUGCUGCAAGAUUUGGAACCACCCAGACGUGCUGUACGAGGCUCUGCAGAAGGAAAACCUGGCUAGCGAACAAGACCUGGACCUGGAUGACAUCACUUCCUCCCGCUGCCAAGCCACAGCCAAUCAGAAACCCAAACCACUGGAGACGCCAAAUCCGAUUGGUGGAUUGAGUUUGAGCCAGAUGCAGGAGAAAGCUAAUCAGGUCAUCACUUAUGAAUGGGCAAAAGAAAUUAUGAAUGACUAUAAACCUGGUGUCCUGGAGAAUUCAGCUAAAAUGGUUUUGUUGUUUCAUUUGAUCGAAGAGAGUGUGAGAAAGGGAGACAAGCUACUUGUUUUCAGUCAGAGUCUGUCCACACUAACAGUUAUUGAAGAGUUUUUGGCUAAACGACUGGUUCCUCCUUCACCAAAUUCAAACAAGGACAAAGCAAACCAGAACUGGGUCCGAAACCUCAACUACUAUAGGCUGGAUGGCAGUACAACAGCAUCAGAGAGAGAGCGCCUCAUAAACCAGUUCAAUGACCCUACAAACACAUCUGCCUGGGUCUUUCUCCUCUCCACCAGAGCUGGUUGCCUGGGGGUGAACCUGAUCGGGGCAAAUCGUGUGGUGGUUUUCGACGCCUCAUGGAACCCGUGUCACGACGCUCAGGCCGUGUGUAGAGUUUACCGUUACGGCCAGAGGAAGCACUGCCACAUCUACAGACUGGUGUGUGAUUUCACUUUGGAGAAGAAGAUCUACGACCGGCAGAUCUCCAAGCAGGGCAUGUCUGACCGUGUAGUAGACGACCUUAACCCAGUUCUGACCUUCACUCGGAGGGAGGUGGAGUCUCUGCUUCACUUUGUGGAAGAAGAACCAGAUCCUACUGAGGUCCAGCUGCAGCCCAACGACCAACUGGAGUCUGUCCUCAAGAAGGGGCUGUGUCUCUACCCACACCUCAUAACUAAGCAACCAUUCGCUCACGAGUCUCUGCUGAUGGACCGGCGUGAGCUGAAGCUUAGCUCUGCAGAGAAAAAGGAGGCUAAGAAAGGCUACGAAGACGAGAAACGUGCCUCUGUCCCAUACACACGGCCUUCAUACGCACACUAUUACCCUGCCAGUGACCAGAGCCUCACCAACAUACCUGCUUUCAGCCAGCGGAACUGGCGACCACCUCCGCGUGUUGAGGACAAACCCAUGGCUAACGUGCGUCCAGUCAAGUCAACUGCAGUUCCCACAAUGUCUCGCCAGGCCACAGAUCCCACCCUCAACUCGGACUCCGCCUCCUCUGAGUCCAAACUAGGAGAGUUUCCUGUCAACUGUCUCCAGAAGGCUGGCGUAGUUGUGCAAAAGAUAGUCACUACAACUGACAUGGUGAUUCCAGGCACCAACAGCUCCGCAGAUGUUCAGGCCCGAAUCACGGCUGGAGAGAGUAUUCACAUCAUCAGGGGAACUAAAGGGACCUACAUUCGAACCUCAGAUGGUAGAAUCUUUGCCAUAAGAGCAGCAAACAAAGCAAAAGCACUGGAGGAAAAUGUAACAGCACCACCUAAAGACUCGCAGUCUAAACCUCAAGACCUCUCAUCCAGUGGGAGCAAUGGCUGCAUGUCACCUGACAGGAAGUUGCCAUCUUUGCCUCGUCCUAUCUCUCCAGACAGCCCUGAGAUCAUUGACGAGCUCCAGCGCUACACCAGAACCUCUGAACAGAAACCUCCUCAACUCAAUGGCACUGCCAAUAUGGCCGACAUUACUUCUGCCUCUGCUUCAUCUGCCGCUCCCCAAGACCUGCGCAUCAGCUCCAAGCGCAAAUCCUCUUCUCCCAUGUCAGAAGAACGUCCCAGCAAGCAACCAAACAUGGGCCAGCCUCACUCCUCUGCUACCGCCGCAUUAACCUCACAAAGCUAUCCAUUCAACGGUGCUUACUCUCUUCCGCACAUCGCCUUGAAUCCCGCAGUUCUUAGCCGUUCGCUUUAUAUGAAUUCCCCGUAUUUCCAAGCGUCUCAGUUGGGCGAAUCCGGAUAUUUGUACCCGGAUAUUUCCACAACAACUCCUACCACAUCUGUUUCAACUACUACUUCUUCUAUAAAACCCAAUUCGAGCAGCAUUCCUCCAUAUAUGCUAAACCCAAACGUGGCUAGCCUUUCUGGGAUGCUACCUCCGGGUUUUCCCAUGCCGUACUCGCAGUCUUUGGCCAGCCUCUACUCCAAAUCAAUGCUGAACGGAGAUUUGCUUGGUCCGGCUGCUACGCCCGGUCCUGCUGGCGCUAGCUUUCUCUCCAAAUUCCCCACUAGCGCAGAAUCAAACAAACGCGUGUCCGUGCUAGUCAACGGCGCUAACCUCAGCAGAGCUAGUAGUUCAGAUAACGAAGACGACGACGACGUGAUUGAAGUGAAAGAAGAUUGAUGGAGCGGAUACAUUUGAAUGUUUGCUUGAUUUAUUCACCGGGGUACAUCCUGGCUACAUUGCAAGGCCACUAGGGAAGCUAAGAAUGCUUAUCGCUGUGCUAAAACAGCUUAUUAAUAGUGACAAGUUAAGUCUCCAAGCUUGGUUUUUUUUUUGGACUGUGGGCUUCCGCAUUGAAAUCACUGGACUUUUUGGAGACUGCUGAGUGGAUUAAGCCUGCAGUAACCCCGUUUGGCCACUAGUUGUACUGCAUAGAAGUGCUAGUUUCUGCUUUGCUAAAGACUUUUUCGCUUACAGACUUGGCAUUAGCUGGUAGCAACAUCUUGUUCUAAAUAUUGUUUCGUCAGUUGUUGAUUCUUGCUACUGAGAAAAGCAUUUUGAACUGAUUGAAAAUAUUCACUGCCAGGACAUGGGUAUUGUAUGACCUCGAAAAAAAUAUGGGAUCAUUUUUGAGGCUUCAUCUUAAUCCAGUCGCAGAAAAACCUUACAACUUUAGCAACGAGAAUGUAACGCUAAAUGCCUUUAAACCAGGCCUUUUAUGAAAUCUUGGGCCUCCUUCAGAUCAUUGAAAUCUGUCUUUCUCUAUGUAAUGUUAGUUGUGUAGCGAUCUUAACUUUGUUGCAUCAACCGAUUUUUACUUCCUACUUCCAAACUCAAUAAUUAAAGGCACUGUACCUGAUUUUUACUGUCUCAAAAACAUGUAACACAGAUCUAGUUCAUUUUAAACGGUUUGCAGCGGCCCCAAGUUAUUCCUUACUUGCCUUAUGCAUUCUGAGCAUCCCAUCACAUUCACCACAAUGAGUUUAUAAGUGCUUUUCGCAACUUUCAGAGACCAGUGUUUUGUCAUCACAGUAAAGCUAACCACAGUUAUCAUGCUAACGCACACUUCCUGCAUAUCCACCAAUAAAAACCUUUAUACUUAUAUGCCGACAGCACGCAGCACAGAUAUUUUCACCCUAAGAAAUACUUAUACAAUACCGGUAUAUUUGCACCGAACAAAUUUUGCUGAAAUGCAUUGGGUACAGGACCUUUAAUACAUUUUCAGAUAGAGUAGUAAAAGCAUAAUGAAUAAAAUAUUGUUUUCAGAUUUAAUAUUAAUUCGACCUAAAGAUAUUAAAUCAGAUGCCCUUCCAUAUUAGUUUAUACCAGCUUGAUUAUUUUAAAAAAAGUCAGAUGUUCACCUUGGUCUGAAGGAUGCCAGUCUUUAGGCAGCAAAAGUGGAGAGAUCUGGUUGUCUUUUUUUUACAUCAAUAUUUAUGUGAACCAAUUGCCUGAAAAAAAUUUAAAAAAUCAGGAAAUGGGGGAAAAUUACUGUUUGUAGCGGCAUUUAAUUAAGAAAAAGAAACACUUUACCAACAGAAGAUGCCUUUUACUGCCUCCAUCUUUUUGAAUGUGAAUUGUGAGAGGAACGCAUCUCACUACUGGCAGUCUUACUGUAGCCUCGAGGAAAACCAUGCAAAAGACUCACUCAAGCCUAUAUAAUGUCUGUGUUUUAAAAGGAAGGCAGUGGAGAAGAUGUUGUCCCACUGGUUUUUAGGCUUGUGUCGUUAUCGUGUUUGUAAAUGUGUUUUUCUAUAAGGGUCCGCCAAUGGAAAUGACAAAAUGGAUUAGGAAAGUUGGAUUUGAUGACGCAUUCUGAUAAUCGUUUUAGUAUGAUUACGAGAAAAUGUAUUAUGAGUUUUGGCCAGCAAUAUUAGGCUAUAUGUUGUAAUGCCCUUUAGCCUGGGGGCAACAAUGUCAAAUUUUUAAAAACUAAAGCUGAGAUAUUGGUUUUCAAAAUUUUAUUGAAGUGGAACUAAACACUAAACCUCUUUUUUCCGCUACUAAACUAUGUACAUGGCAUUUCAAUAGUAUUGUCUACUGUCAACUUAAGCACAAACAAGGUAAAUUUGCUGCUUUCUGGUCAAAAAUGUGUGCUGUCUUCAGUGGCUUCUGUAAUUUCCAGUAGUUGGUGACAUCACGAAAGACUGCCUUGAUUACAGCCUGAUGUUUCUGUUUACAAAUACCUGGCUGCAGGGGCGAAGUUUGAAGUGUAGAUACCUGUUAGACCGGUCACACUGUUUCUCAUAUGCCCUGAACUCCUCUCUCAUUCUUCUUUAGUUCUCCAGGUGCAGCCCAGUUUACCAUGCUUGUUUGAAAUGUGGUCAUGGGCCAGGUUUAUGUGUUUAGUCCCACUUUAAUGAUUAUAUUGGCACGGCACAUUAUGGCUAUAAGUGUCAAAAAUGACUCCAUCAAACUAUAUUCAUCAAAUUAUUUCAAAUUGUCUUAAGCUAGAUUUUUCACUUUUCACCGUUUUUAUGUGCUCAUCUCAUUUUGUGCUGUAACAUCAUCACCGUGAACCAAACUUAUUUUCGCUUUGUAUUAAUAUUUGUAAUAUUCAAGAUAAACACCCCAAAAACUGAAAUCUUUCACUGUACAAUAAUGGACACUGUAAUGGCAUUUAGGUCUAGAGUUUUCCAAAGAGUGGUGGAAUACAGAUUGAAUUGGCAUGGCAGUGUUUUGUUUUGAUGCUAAAUGGUGGCUCAACUUUGCAAGAUGUAAAGUAUAAGAGUUUCCAUGGGUAAAUUUUUUUGAAGUAUCACCUAUUAAAUGGGAAAAAAUGGACCAGCUCAAAUCAGUCUGGACUAGUUUUGCAAACUGAUGUUCAGAUGGUUGAAAUAAUUUAAAAAUACACCAUUUAUCAAGAAUCCAUGCAGUAUUUUUUUCCACGCAUAUCCCUCUUGUAAUACUGUGGCAGAGUGAUUAUCCUGUCUUCUGCCUCUCAGUAUGGAGGUUGUUAGUGAUUAAGUGGGGAUUUUCCAGGCAGUACUCCUCCUUUGGCCUGUACUAAACAACUCUUUAGAAAAAAAAUUAAGUCUAAUGUUUGAUCUCACUUUAAUUAUCCAAAAUGGCAGUGGUUUUCAAAAAAGAAAAGUUGAUCCAUCUUCCAUCACACGUUUGUUCAUAACCAGCUGUUUUAAUUUACCUUCCUAUUUUUACAUGUUUUCUGGAUUUACCAAAUUUGAAUUUAUUUAUAACAAUUUGUAUUUAUUCAUUAUUAUUUUGUAUUUUUGUACAAUUAUUUUGGGUCUGAUUGAUGUUUUGUUUUUUUUUCAUUUGUGGUUUUGUUACUUUUUGUUGUUACAACUUGUUUUUCAUGUGACAAUCUACUCUGACUCAAAAAUGCUGAAAAAUGUGGACCAAUCAAUCACUGCAAAAGUACUGUUUAGAAAUUAAGCUAGGAAAUUUAAAAUAUGUAUUUAACAGCAUUUGGCAAUGUCAGAAUUGAAUUCUGUGUAUUCUUCAGAUUUUGCUUUCUUUUUAUACAUUUUGUUCACAUCAAAACUCUGAAAACCACAGAAUUCAUCCUGUGUAAGACUACCAUAUUGACAUGAUUUGAGUUACAAAUUUGUAUUUAUUGCAUGAUUAACUGCAAUAUGAAGUCAUGUUUAAUAGGUGUUAGGUUUCUUACAGUUUGACUAACAAUUAGCCAAAAAUAUUGCUGGACACCAGUUGACAUUCAUAGCAUUUCAAAUUGUGUGGCAAUGAGGUUGCAAGUAUCCCAGUACUGAAAGCUAAUUUGCCUUAUUUUACAUGUUAAAGCUACCAUCCAUAAGAUUUUUUUUCACCAGUAGAUGGCAGAUGUGAAACCUGUCCUCACCUCCCCUCACCUGUCCUCUCUCGUCGUCUUCUGCCUGGCCAAAACUGGCACUAUCAAACAGCAUUAACGUAGAUGGCAUCUAGUGGUGUUAUGUGAGAAAGCGACAUGGCUGGUUCGGCCAAUCUAAUUAUAGAUGGUAGCUUUAAAGACAAAAGACAAAAGAUUUAGAAUAUUUAAUUUGGACCACGCAGACAGGCAUUUGUGUGGUCCCAUGUUUUUUGUGUCACAGGUGAAUUGAUUAAUCAGAUUAAUCAGAUGGACUAUUAUAUUAUCUGGUCCUUGGUAGCAAUAUGAUUGAUCUAAGUUAUUCAGACAAUCUCAUUACAUUGUAAAGUAGUUUAGUCUAAACUAUGUGAUUAGACAAAGCUUGGAUCUUUGAAUGUCUUUAGCUUGUUCAUCUUGGAGUCUAGCUGGUAGUUUUGUUGCAUGUGUUAAAGUGCAUAUGACAGGUUUUAUCCAAUUAUAAUUAUGACUUGGUUUGGUGGGAUAGUACCUGUGGUAAAUAUUUAUCAUAGUUUGACAUCACUUAAGUGGCAGUUUGUGAAGAAAGGUUAAGAACAAAAAUACAGGAAGUAGCAAUGAGUUCCUAACGGAGCCACUUUACCUAUGUAAUCAGCACAAAAAAUGCAUUUUUCUGACAGUUUAAACAGUGAUUUAACAAAAUAAAGGUGUUUUUAAUUUCUUUUUUACUGGAAUUACCUCUACUUAUGCCACAUCUGCUGCCCACGUCCAACCAGGAAGUAAAAUGAUAAACUUCACCAGGAUUAAAAACUAGAUAAAACUUUGUCAAAUCUUAAACAUAAUGAUGCAUAUGAUGCUUUUAGUGAAAAGGUACUCUAGCCUGUCAUAUGCACUUCAACAAAGCAGAAGUCAAUGCCACUCGAUUAUUUCUUAUGACAUGACAGCAAGUGCUUUGUCCUGUGUGUGCGUACAGUUCUUUUCCAUAUCAAAAACGUGUGUGUACGUCAUCCUUUACGACGGCCUUGGAUCGACCAAACGCUCUUGUGCUAGCGGGGACGGCUUGAUACUUGAAUUUAUUUAUUUUACUUACGAGCCGAGUUUUGUCCGAAUCCAAAUGUGAGGAGAGCUGCUGCUGCUGUCUCUAAGGAAAGAAUCAAAAAACAUGUUUGUCUUAUCGUGUCAAUGGAUGAUGUCUCUGAUUUUACUUUUAGACCCUUUUUUGAAGUUUGUAAAUAAAGAGAAACUGUUGAAAAUAA